AUGAAUGGCUAUCGUAUCGUAUUGCACAAUCCAAAACCUCUUUUGGCUGAAUUGCCGGGCUCUAAUGAGCCCCCUCCCAUGACAACGAUAAGAUCGAACGAAAUCACUACUAAGAGCGUGAUGCGUGGACGCACGCCCCAAUGCCGACGCGUCGGCGUGUGCGUGGCCGCCCUCUGCGGGGUCGCGGCCCUUGCUACUGCGCUCGCGUGGAACGCGAUAUUUGAAUCUGUUUUUAAUACUCUCAUUAAACUAUCGCCGACAUCAAGAGCGCACAAAGAAUGGGUGGAGCCUAAUGUGCCUCUGUUCUUUGACGUGUACCUCUUCAAUUGGACCAAUGCGGAGAGAUUUCCUGAAGAAAUACCAAAUUUGAUGCAACUCGGUCCGUACCGUUUUAAGGAACAUCGAAAGCAUGUAAAUGUGACAUUCCACCCUCAAAACGGUUCAGUGUCGUACAGAACACAACGAAGUUGGUAUUUCGACGAAUCUAGCAACGGCACUCUUCAAGAUAACAUCACAAUUCUUAAUGUUAUUGCGGCUUCCGCUAUCUAUCGAUCCCGAUAUUGGGGCUUUCUCCGGCAAAAGGGCUUAUCCAUGGGCUUAGCCAUGUUUGGGCAUGGCAUGUCGAUAUCAAAAUUGGCUAGCGAACUGAUGUUUGAAGGCUAUGAAGACCCGCUCUUGGACCUUGCAAAGAGUCUACCUGCUAGUACCACAGGUGGUGCACCGCCAGUAGACAGAUUUGGAUUGUUUUAUGGGAGAAAUAAUUCAAUGGAUACUGAGGGUUUAGUCGAAGUGACCACAGGAGAGCGUCGCGGCACAUUACCGGGACAAAUUCUGAGCUGGAACAAUUACGAAAGCCUACCCUUCUACGAAGGAGACUGUGCAAAGAUUACAGGCAGUGCCGGAGAGUUUAUGCCUCAUAAUCUAACAGAGCAUGAACCAUUGACGAUAUUUAUGGCAGAUUUAUGUCGCACCGUCAACCUUGAGUUUGAAGAAAGCGGUGAAUUUGAUGGAUUGCCUUACAAUAAAUACGUUAUGAACGACAAGAGCUUCGAUAAUUCGACUCGAACACUUGACAACACCUGCUUUUGCAAUGGAGAGUGUAUGUGGAGUGGACUGAUGAACGUAUCAGCCUGUAGAUACGGGAGUCCCUCAUUCCUCUCUCUUCCUCACUUCUUGUAUGGAGAUCCGGCGCUAAGGGAAAAGGUCCAUGGAUUGGACCCCAAUCCGGAUUUACAUUCAUUCUACUUUGCUGUGGAACCUAGGUUGGGAGUGCCCUUAGACGUAGCAGGAAGGUUUCAGUACAACGUGUACAUAGAGCCGACUCCUAAUAUAGCUCUCUAUGAAAACGUGCCACAUAUGAUGUUUCCCAUAUUCUGGGUAGAGCAAAGGGUCAAAGUUAGUGACGAAGUGAUAUCAGAGCUAAAGACAGUGCGUUCUAUACUGGAAUGGGGCGGUAUCGUAUGCGCCUGCGCAGCCUUGAUUUUUGCAAGUGCUAUCAUUGUUACUUGUUUCGCAAAGAAAUCUCAGUACUCGAAACCAGAGGAAAUCAUAACAGAAAAACCCAAAGACGAAGCAGAAAUGAAACUAAAUCCU